CUUUUCUUUCAAAGUUCCCCUUUCCUCUCUUCCUCUCUCUCUCCUUCUCUCCUCCCCCUUUCCUUUCAUUUUCACUUUUCGUGCCUGACUUGCUGGCCUCCCUCCUCUUCCUCCUCCUCUUCCAGCCUUUGAAGACUCGCCCCACGGGUUUUGGGGUUCGCCCGGCCGGUCUUGCCAGCCCCACACCUGGACCCACACACCUGAGCCUCCACUCACACCUGGACAGGUGCACAGCAGCCCAGCAUGGCGACCUUGGAGGUGCCCCCCGAAUGCGAGGCCCAGGUGAAGUCCUUCAAGGAGAAACUCUGUGCUCAGGCUGAAGAACUGGUCUCGACUCGUUUCCCGGAAAAAAUUGUGGAACUCAGCGAACUCCUGAAGAUCACUGCCCUGAAUGUUUUGGAUCUCAUUUCGCUGCGUGUCGAACUAGACAUCCCGGUGCCAGACCCGAAGAAGGACGAAGAACGGCGCAAAAAGCAAGAAAAAGAAGAGAAGGAUGCUGGCAAAGAAGAGAAAAGCAGCAAGAAGAAAUCGGAUGAUGAGGAGAAAGCCCCACCUUGUGGUCCCAUUUGCCACAAUGAGAAGAUCACUGCUUUGCUGAACCUGGUGAAGCCAGAAAUCCAGGGAACCAAGGAGAAACUGAAUGUGAUUUCUCUCUGGCUCCAACUCCUGGUGCCCCGGAUUGAAGAUGGCAAUAAUUUUGGGGUUGCCGUUCAAGAAAAAGUGUAUGAGCUGCUGACCACAUCCCGAACGAAACUGGAAGCGUUUCAAGCGCAUAUUGCCAAGUAUUACUCCGAAAGAGGCGAUGCGGUAUCGAAAGCAUCCAAGAGCCCGCACGUGAGCGACUACCGCCAACUCGUGCAUGAGAUCGACGAGGCAGAAUAUGCAGAGAUUCGGUUCAUGAUCAACGAACUUAUAAAUAUUUAUGCCGUCGUCUACGACAGCGUGUUGAAAAACUUUGACAAGAUCAAGAAGCCCCGUGAUGAAAACAAAGGGAUGAUCUAUUAAGUGGAGAGAGAGCAAAAAUAAAAAGAUGGAGACAGACUUCCCGGCAGCCAGGCACUGAUAUUUCCUGCUUCCUUUUUCACUGUUCACUCACUUCUGUCCCUUUGGAAAUAAAAUCAUUUUAACCCUCGA